AUGGCCACCUCAUCUUCAGCCGUUUCACGUUGUUUGGCCAACCUCUCAACAUCCGUUUCUGCUGCAGCAGCUCUAAGCACCGAUACCUUAGCAGCUUUCGCUCAGCAACCAUCGCCUCUAGCUGCCGGCAAUCCCGUAAACACCUCUCAUCAACAAUUUAUGCAAGAACGUCUGAGACAUCUCCGUGGACAUCGAAGCUCACCCAUUUCUCUACCAUCGGGUAGAAUAGUUCGGAGUUCUAAAAGAUCAGCUAUUUCCACGUCAACAACUUCCGGAACCAAUAGCAAUUUUGAAGAUGACGAUAGUCUAUUUGAGUUACGAAGACAAAUUCCUACUGAACAUCAAUUCCAUUUUGUACUAGCUUUAGCACAUCUACAACAACUUUGUUCAGUCUCACCAAUCGGUGAUUCUUGUACAGCAGCUUCAUCUACUAAUCUAAUGCCAGCACCACGACAUGACCGAAGAUAUGAUGCCCAACGUGUUAGCCAAGCUAGAUGUACUCGGAGCCUUUCACCUGCCCAUCCCCACAGAGCUAAUAAUGGCUUAGAUGAUAUGCAAAGACCAUAUAAAUUCGACUUGAUCCUUCGAACACCUCCUCCUGAUGCAAGUACGCAAGAAUCCCAUGCUUGGAACCCAGAAGAUAGGUCUAUGAAUAUUUUUGUUAAAGAUGACGACAAAUUCACUUUUCAUCGUCAUCCUGUUGCUCAGAGCACAGAUUGUAUACGGGGAAAAACGGGUUAUUCUCGAGGGUUUCAUGUGUGGCAAUUGGAAUGGCCGGGUCGUCAACGGGGAACUCAUGCCGUUGUCGGAGUUGGUACUAAAGGCGCUAGUCUUCAUGCAGUCGGAUACACAUCUUUGAUUGGAACUGACGAGGAAAGUUAUGGAUGGGAUUUGACUCGAGGUGAAUGCUACCACGAUUCAAAACAUUGUGCUCCAUGGACUUAUCCAAUGGAUGUCAAUGGUAGAAGUGGAGACGAUUAUUCUGUUCCUGAUAAGUUUUUCUGCAUUCUUGAUAUGGAUGAGGGAUUCUUAGCUUUUGCAACGGAAAAAGACUAUCUCGGAGUUGCCUUCAGAAAUCUUAAAGGAAAAACUGUUUAUCCAAUUGUGUCAGCCGUCUGGGGUCACUGUGAAAUCACCAUGAAAUACCUAGGAGGACUUGAACCGCAACCUCGAGAUCUUCUGGAAAUUUGUCGAAAUAAGAUCCGUCGUGAAUUGGGUGUAACUCGUCUAGCUCGUGUGGAUGAACUUCAAAUCCCUCCUCGAUUGAAGCAAUAUGUCGUCUUUGGAUGA